UAUCACCUUCUCAUCGCAUAAUUUGACAAAUCAUUCUCGAGUGAAAUACAGACUUAUCACUUUGUCGUUGAACUCCUCUCUCCCCACUUCCAUCGUUCAUUCUCUGUCUAGGGUUUCUGCAAUCUUCUCUUUUCCUUCUCUCUUCUCUACGUCGAAGCAGCUCUUCUUCAGAUCUUACCCCCACUCUUCUCUGUUUCUAUCGAGCUUUCGGGUGGUCUUGGAAAGAAAGGAAGAAAGGAAGUAAUUGUGUGUACAGGGUGAGUUCGGUGUUUUGUCUCAGGAAUUUCGGUGGCAAAUACUCACAGAGAGAAGUAAAGGAUGUCGAGCGGAGGAAACACUCAUUGGUGUUACAUAUGCAGGCGGUUUGUAAGAAUCCGUGGGCUAGAUACAGUAUGCCCUCUUUGUGAUGGUGGUUUUGUUCAGGAAAUCGAUGAGAUGGAGGGCAUUGGAUCUAUGGGUUUCUUUGGUUCGGAUGCUCAUGACGAUCAUGACCAGAGGAAUGCUUUUAUAGAAGAAGCUCUCUCAGCCCUGAGCAUGAUGAGGCAAAGAUUCGCAGGGAGAAACCAUGAUCUUGACACAAGAGGGAGGUCUGCUAUGGUUCCUGAACACAGUAUGGGAUUUGGUCAAUGUCCUUUCUUCUUAUUUCGUGGUCAGAUCCCUGUGGGGAGGUUUGAAAAUGGUGAAAUUGAGGACUUCUUCAAUGGAGGUCAAGGAGUUGGGAUGAGGCGGUCUAAUGUGAGCCAUUACUUCAUUGGCCCGGGACUGGAUGAACUGAUAGAGCAACUAACAAUGAACCUCAAUAGGCGGGGGCCACCCCCUGCAUCUCAGUCUGCCAUUGAUGCAAUGCCCACAAUAAAGAUCACAAACAGGCAUCUGCGCACUGAUUCACAUUGCCCUGUCUGUAAAGAUAGGUUUGAGUUGGGUUCCGAAGCACGGCAGAUGCCAUGUAACCAUAUUUAUCACUCUGACUGUAUUGUCCCAUGGUUAGUUCAGCACAAUUCGUGCCCUGUCUGCCGCCAUGAAUUGCCUCCACAAGGAUCUAGUAAUGCUCGUAGUAGUCAAAAUUCAAGCAGUGGCAACAGAAGCAGCAGUACUAGUAAUAAUUCCAGUGGCAGGGAAAAUGGUGGGGAGAGUCAUGGAAGGCGUAAUCCAUUCUCUUUCUUAUGGCCUUUCCGCUCAUCGCAUUCGAACUCUCAACAUGGUGAAUCAGGCGGAAGCAGCUCAACAGCCAUCCGUGAGGACAAUCACCAGAUGAAUUAUUCUGGAUUCCCUUUUGAUUAUUAAGGCUGCGCUUCAACUAUCAUUUACUUCCUUCUCCUUGUUGUUUGGUCAUAACACCUCUCCAAUUAAUCUAUGUAAAUUUUCUUGGAGUGAAAGCGGUGAGACCUUAAGUGCCGGAAGCAUAUAUCUAGAUGUAAUUUGAUGAUCUCUGUCUCUACCUUCACUUAAUGUAAAUGAUGUGAUCUUUUUAAGUGGCUUGCUCAUGAUAAUUCCCAGCAAAAUAGAUUUUUUUUUUUUUCGUUUCCAAAUAAAAUAGCUUUUUUUAUACUUUCUAGCACUUGCAUUGGUGACUUAUGUUGAUGUAAUCAAGGUUGUUGGUUCUA